GCGCGGUGGAAGCGCGCAUCGCGCACGCUCGCGAGAUGCUCGCGUCUCACACGCACGCGCGCGCGAUGAGGCCUCGCGCGUCCGGCGCGGUCGGACGCGCGCGGUGCGCGCGCGCGCGCGCGACGCUUCGCGCGGCGACGACGACGAAAUCUUCGCAUCGUCGUCGCGCGUCGACGUCGACGACGUCGUCGUCGACGUCGCUCGCGCGCGCGCUCGCGGCGCCGAGCGCGUCCGCGAAAUCGGACGCGCGACGCGGGAUGCGCGUCGCCGCGAGGGCGUCCCCGGACGCGUCGUACGACGCGGGCGACAUGACGAGCGCGAAGGACAAGCUCAGCGCGUUCUUGAAGAAAAACUCGUACAAGAUCGACGCGCUCUUGAACAUCGCCAUCGUCGGCAGCGUCGCGGGAGGCGCCGUCUUCGGCAUCGUCGAGGUGGACUCAGACAUCAGCACCGGCUGGACGUGGUACGAGGUUCUGCGCAACAUCCCGCAAGAUAACCUCGCGGCGUACCAGUCCGCGGUGUUCGCGCACCCGCUCCCGGUGAAGGCGAUGACGUCCGGCGUGGCGUACACCCUGGGCGACUUCACGUGCCAGCUGUCGCAGGGGAAGACGAUCGAGACGGUGGAUUUGAAGCGCAGCGCGAGGAGCGGCGUCGCGGGGUUUUUGAUUCACGGGCCACUGUGUCACUACUGGCUCAUGUGGACGGAGGCGAAUUUGUCGUUCGACGGCGCGUGGUACGGCACCCCGGUGAAGAUCAUCGCGGACCAGACCGCGUGGAGUCUGUUCCUGAACAGCGCGUACACGACGUGCAUCAUGUCCCUGCAGGGGUUCGGGCCGCGACGCAUCAAGAACGAGAUCCAGGCGACGUGGUACAACGCAAUCUCCGCGGGGUGGAAAUUUUGGCCCUUCGUGCACGCGUUCACGUUCAGCUCCAUCAUCCCCCAGGACUUCAAGCUCCUGUUCGUGGACUGCGUCGAGGUCAUCUGGGUCACCAUCUUGAGCGCGGCGGUGAACCGCGACGCGGAGAAGGCGCUGCAGGUACCCCUCAACGCCGAGGCGGAGCGACCCGCGGCGCAGCUCCAGGAGCAGCUCGACGCCGAGUUCACGACGACCGUGACCGACGGCGCCGGCGGGCUGACCGUCGAGUGCGACUACGACGUGGAGACGCUCCCGAGACAAGGCAGCGGGUCGUACUACGAGGACUUGGAGAAGGCGACGGGCGUGUGCGAGGUGAGCGUGGAUCUUGACGACCCGGUGGACGCGGGGACAGAGGCGGGCGCGAAGACGGAGACUUCGGAGAAGGAGAAGGAGAGAACGCGCGUGGACGAGGAGGCGAUGUCGUCGCGGUAGAGAGAGAGGGCGCGUGUUGUGGGGGGUGUGGGGCGGGUGCUAUUCGCUCGCUCCGCGUCGACCGACGGAAGGAAGUCUGUCGGUCGACGCGUGUACCAACAGUGAUUUUUCCUCUCGUGUCUGUGCAAUUCACAAGAAAGUAAGGUCGAAUAAGUUAUGAUCAGAUAUCAGAUACCCGGUCC